AAGAGUGAUUAUCAGUGGAAAAUACACAGGAAGCUGGAACUGCUGUUAGAAGGUCUUGUUGUAUAGUGUGUGAGACACCACCAUAAAAACCCCCUGAAGACAAAGGUAAUAUUACGUCCUCCUCCUAUGCCAACAUCUCCUCUCACCCUGGCCAGUCACGCCACCAUCUCCCAGCCUUGCAAGGAUCCUCCCCGCAGUCCUUCAGUUCUAUCUGUAGAAUACGCAGAGCCCUUGUGAUGUCACAGGCCUGUGGGAUAUUGGCGUGAGCCAGGUUUCCCGGAGGGCCUGGGAUGUGGGGAAGCUCCCAGCUCAACACAGCAGAGCCACCUGCCUGCUGGACCUCAGACAGAGCAACGCUAAGCACUCGUAGGGGGGAGGGGUUUCUCCAUCUACUCACAAGAGGACAACGCCAUGGACUGCAGUGAGUACAUCGGAGUACGUGAACAGAGAACCACACCCCUGGUAUUCAGCGUCAGGGCCACUGAUCUCACUGCCCACUUCGCUGAGUGGCCUCAACCAGGAAGGAAGCUCUUGCCUGCUGCCUUGGGCAAAGCAAAGGAGCUAAGAUGGCAGCUACAGAGCAUUCGUUCAGAGGCAGCUUAAGCCCAUUUUGGCCUCUGCUCCUUCCCAGGGCAGGGGCGAUCUACAUGGGUUACUAUCCCACCCCUGGAGAUGAGCUCUCGGUGAGCAUGGAGGAUCGUUAGCGCCUACCAACCCCUUUGAUGUCCUGCACUUUCUGGAAACGUGCACUUGGGGAAAGUUCCAUGGGAAAAUGCAAGUUUGUGCCAGAUACAGCUGAGACAGAAGCUAGAAGCUAGAGAGUGCAUGGGGGAGUGCAUAUGCAGAUGAGCCUGGGAGAGAAAAUGGAGCUGAGAUUUACCUGAUGAACUAGCUGAGGUGUUGAAGGAUUAAUUAAAUAAAGGAGCAACACAUUCAUUUUAUGCUGAGCUGCAAGAGAUGGCGCUUUGCAUGCGCCACAUUAAAGAUGAGGCACCAGUUCUCAUCUUGCAAGAACUCCAUAUUCUGUAGGUCACACUUUAACCAACCCUUGUUGAAACAUCCCAUGGCAACACCACCCAUUCUCCCCAGACAAGGCAAUCCCAGGAUCAAACUUUUACUGCUUGUUUUUUUUUUUAAAUUCCUACCAUAAAACUCAGAUAGUCAUUACCUUUGGAGUAACCUAGCUCAGCACUUUUAGGGGACUUAGAACCUCAGUUGUUACCUGGAAUUCUUUCCUGAGUAACCAUCAAAACAGAACUUCUCAGCCACGGUAACACUGGAGCCAAUUCUCCUAGAUACACCCAAAGAUCAGUUGUGUAACCUGACUGUCCUUCAGACUGACACACCAAUUAUGCAGCAACCAAAACCUUUCUACCAGCAACAUGAUGCCUAUGGUCCCAGACCCUUAGAUCAAUCGGAGAACCAGUCAAACCGGCCACUUCAAACCUUUGUCCUCCCAGACAACCCUGCAUCAGUAGGUAAGAGAACUAAUGCUCUUUUCUGCUGCCUAGUCCUCUUUUAAAUUCUCCCCCUCAGAUUCAUGAGUCCUGGGUAUUCUCUUUAGGAAAUAUACUGCUGGGUUCUCUCCUUUUCAUUCUUCCAAUUUUCUUUAAUCCUUUGAAGUUAAUAAUGUUACACCCUUUCAAAAUGUUCAUCAAAUAAAGCAUCGUUUCAUAACAGGGCCUUGUGACUUUUCUGUGUUGCUAUUUCAGGACCAUCCAACCUGUACCAUCCCCCAAGUCAAGAGAAAGACGUUUUCACUGCACCUCCUGCAGGUUUCCAGAUGGCACCUUGUGGGUGCUUUUUCGAUCCCCGGAUAUAUCGCAUAGAAUGGGCAAUGACCAAUUUCGUGCAACCGUCAGUUUAUAAACUCACGGGUGGAUCAAGUUCACCAAGCGCUUACCUUCUGGACACCCACGGAUACCUCAAGAGUCCUGUCCAAACAGUCCCCUACCCACCUUACCACCCAGUCCCAAGCAACCCCCAAUACAUCAUGCCUUAUUUCAAUCAGGAGAGCCCCGCCAGUGAGACAGAACAAGGUAAUUUGGUCCCUAACGCACCUCACGUUUCUCAGUUUCUUGAGAUGCCUCAGCCGCAGGAAGAUGGUCAGAACAAUGACAACAAACUGCCCCAGCUCCUCGUAUCGCUGCCUGGACUCAGCCAGAAUGAGCAGAGCCUCCAGAUAAGCACCUAUUGCCACCUUAAGGGUAGGCCAAGUCCCCACAACCCAGAGUUUCAAGGGUUUGAUAGUUUCCAGGUGAAAGGGGAAAAACUCAAAGAAAAUGACAUGAGCCAGAACCUCCUAGUGAAUACACAGAUCCCAGACAUUUGCAUCGAAGAUCAAAACUUUCUUUCCAGUCCCAGUGUUGCAAAUGCACAGGUGAUGGCGGAGGCAGCUUCAUGUCCUCUGCAGGACAGCCUCGUAGCUGAAGACAGCGAAGCGCUGGACACAGAGGAGCCCUUCGAUCUGCCUGAGAACGUUUUGUUGGAAGAUGCCAUGAAGCUGUUUGAUUGCUCUCCAGCUAACUCGGACUCAGAGGUUUCCAGAGAUAACCUGAGCCGCACCCUCACGUCCAGCGAGAGCGAAAGCAAAGAUUGCUGCUUCCCAUGUGACGACUCGUCCAGCGACAUACGGUCCCUCAAUCUGCCCGAUGAACUGCUGUCUUUUGACUACAGCGUGCCCGAGAUCCUAAAUACAGUGGCCAGCAUGGAUUAUUUUUAUGACCUCAAAACUUUCAAUGAGGACCCUAAGUGGGAUUUGGAGCGGGUGCUGCAGCCUCCCCAAAACAGUGGGUCACUCCAGGACCACAGGCAAGAGCCCCAAGGAAAAGAGAAGCUCAGCAGCGCAUCAAUAAAGAAACGAAAGCAGACAGACAGCAAAAUAAACCUACCUCUGGCACAGGAGAGCAGCACAUUGGACAGGCAGGAGGAAUGCCCAGUGACAGGCAUCUGACUAGCACUUUUGGAGCAGCUGUACGGAAGCAAAACUGGGCUGGAGCAGGGUUGCAGGGUUGCAGUUAAUGACUGAGCCUAAUGAAGCAUCCUACUAUUAUUCUAUUAAAAGCGAUCUAGCCAGAAACCCAAUCUGUGCCCGCAUUUAAGAGAAGGUUCUAAGUAUGUCCCACAUGCUGCAAUAGAGGGGAAGGAGAUGAAAACGGGCCAUGUGUCUGCACGGGUGAUUAAACCCUCCAGACUGAGUCCAGCAUCAGUCACUCAUGAGUCCCAGAUAUUACUGUUGGUCAAUGAGUUGCAGGUCUCUUAGAAUAUAGACCUAUCUGUGCACCACUAAUUCAGACUGUUACUGUAACUGCCUUUCAGGGGUGCAUUGAGGGCUGAUUCCCAGAGGUGCAGAAAGUCCCUGGGGAAAUUAAUUGGUUUUCCUUCUUUAAAGAAAGCCGGUUUCAACAAAAACCAGCAUUACUCAGUGCAAAUGGGGGGAUUUAUUCCAGCUGUGGGUGCCUUAAGAGUCUGCAAAGUAGAUGUGUCAAAUAUGGCUCAGGAUGAUUAGAGUAGACACCCCCAUUGGACACCCUCCCUUGGACCAUCCAAGGUGCUGGGCAGUGGGAAAGGAGGCCCGCAGUGAAAACACGGAACCCCACAGUCCUGCCCAGCCCGGGGUGCAUGGCAGUGGGUUGCCAGCUGUGGGGUUCUAACCUGAGCUAGAGUGGGAGUGUGGAUCCAGCAAGUGGACCGUGGGUUCAUGGCAAUAGGGCACCAGGUUGAAUGGUCUCAGAGUGCAUGAUGAUUGGACUCUGUAACUAUUAUAGGGCUCCCUUCGAAUGACGUUUAGAGGAGCCGAGUAGGGACGGCUCAGGGUGUGAAUUAGCUCCCAGCAGCUCCUCUAUGCCCACCUCUGGGAUCUCCUCCUUCAUCCAUGUGCCCCACAGUCAGGAUGUAACUGGUCACAUCAUAGGCCCUGGGCACACAACGAGGCCCCAGGUCCUUGGCGCUGGACCAGGCGGCAGUGCCUGGUGUGUAUAGUGGGGAGGGGACAUCCCUUCUUCCCCUCUUGGCCCAGCAGAGGUAGUUGAGAAGAUGAAGGCCUUGUCCCGAUUUUUCACACUUGCUAUCUGGUCACCCUACUACUGCCUGGAGGCUGUAAGGAGAGUCUGCAGGUAGCAGCAGGUGCCUCUGCCUGAGCUUGCAUCCUGUUUCUUGCUAGCUGGGUCUGGGGUGCAACCGAUGGUGCGUUUAAUGUGUGAAUGCUAUGAUGGCCUAAUGCAUAGAUCACACCACUGCAGAGCCUGGCAGGGGUGAUUCAGCUUCUCUCUGCUGCGGUGUUGGAGCCAAUGAGGAUCAUUGUCCUUGGUGACUUCGCUGUCCAUGCAAAUGAUGACUCGUGGGGGUUAGUUCAGUAUCUCAGGGCCACCAUGACAACCUGGGGACAGACCCAGCCAUUUUCUGGCUCUCACCUAGAGCAGGCCACAAGCUGCCCCUCGUAGGGCAGAUGGAGGUUACAUCUUCAUCACAGGCAGACUGUUCCUUCACUUGGUGAGAGCCUGUUUCAGUGGACCAUCCUCUGAGAUUAAAGGAACCAGUCCACUUCCAAGGGGUUCACUAGCACCUUCCUCUGAAGCAUCUGGAACUAGCCCCUGUUGGAGACAGGAUAGUGGACUAGAUGGACCACAGGUCUGACAUUCCUUCCUUCCUAGAGUACUGCUUCACGCAGACACCUUGUUACAUCGCCGCUCAGAAGCCAGUGCAGACUCCUGAUUCGUUUCUAGGUGAGAUUGAUAGCGGGAGUUUUGAUCCAUAAAGCCCUGAACAGCUUGGGACAUUCCCGCUCCUAAUGUCUCCAUGCUACUCCAUCACACUUGCAAUUUGCAGGGGCCCAAAAGCCAGCAGCCCCCCAGCUUAAGCCGGUGGCAGGGGGCAUCUUGCGUCUAGGGAGCCUAGAUACAGCUACUCCUCCUUUGUUCCAAAACAGCCCAGAAUGCAUGAGCUCCAGAGCAAACACAAGACUCAUCUAGUGCCCCAGCUUUUCCUCAAAGGGGCAAGUUCAGCGAUAAGGGUUGGUUGGAUGGAGGAGCCAAUUAAGUUGUGGAAGUUCAGUGAACUGGGUGAUUUAGAUUUCAAAAGACAGGGUCAGUGGGCAAGUGUUUAUGUGAAGAUUAUUUAUAUAGCCGUAUGUACGUUAUACAGCUUUGCUUUACAAACACCUAGGACCCUGGAGAGGUGUU